AUGCGUCUCACUCACUCCUUGAUCCUUCUCUCUACGUUCGCCCUCCUUCCCGCCGCAUGGCCGACGAUGCAUCAAAGACGGUCCAUCUUGGCCAGAGGCGACGAACCCCCUACGCUGAAUGGCCUUGUGAAAGAAUACGACAAACUUUCCCCGGCUGAGAUCAAUAUGCUUCUUCCCCGCCUGUGUCACAAAGAGCAUGAGAAACUUCACGGUUGUGUGGCAUCCCAAGACGCUUGUGCUGGACAUUUGCAUGACCUUGCGAAGCAUGCCCAAGAGCUCGGUCUAUUGAAAUCCUUCGAUAAUUCCCACUAG